GUAAAUGCUCUUGUGCUCGCCCAGCUUUCUCAAGCAUCAUCAUCACACGGAUCAGAACUCGGGCCUCCAAUUGAUCGAUCCUGCCUCGCCUCGCUGCCUUCUUGCGCUCAUCCGAUCGCUCGAUCGAUCGGCGAGACUUCGUGCAAUUUGGUCGCUUCGUUGAUUUUCGGAAGAGGUCGCUAGAAUGUCGUACGGAGAAGGAGAAGGGUACUUCCGCCGGUCGAACGACGAGGGCUACGCGCAUUACCCUCACCACCAGCACGGUCACGUGGAUCCACCUCCUCGCCGCGAGACUAUGGAGGUCACCGGUGAGAUCUUGAAAAUUUUCUGUGAAGCCAGGCCCGAUUUCAACCUCGCUGUCCGCCAUCACGAGGUCGUGCUCGUCCCCGGCGAUGACAACGAUCCCAAUCAGCAAUGGAUCAAGGACGAAUCCUGGGCCAGCCAAGAACAGUCAAAGUCAAAUAUAUUCAUACAAACAUGGAUCAAGGACGAGUCCUGGAGCACGAAAGUCAAGGACUCUGCUGGCUUCCCGGCCUUCGCUCUGGUCAACCGAGGAACAGGCAAGGCUCUGCUCCAUCACAUCGAGGCCCCAGACAGUCCGGUUAUGGUGGAAGAUUAUGAGAUGAACGUCCUAAACGAGGCAGUUCUGUGGACGGCCAGCAAAGACGUGGGCAAUGGUUACAGAGCAAUCCGCCCAGUGAGCAACAUUCACCUCAAUCUUGACGCUGACCACGGAUCUGAGAAGUAUGGUGGUGUCAAGGAUGGUAACAAAGUGAUCCUGUUCAAGUGGAAGGACGAGCCCAACCAGCACUGGCACAUGGCACCCGUCGGUCAAGCAGAUAGUUAUGGUGCCACUCGGGCUGAUGAGGGAGAGGGUCCCACCGAGUCAGAGGAAUUCUAACCGCAUUUGGCUGAUGCAGAACUUCAGCGUGACCACCAUUACCGUCCUCAAGAGUACGAGUAUGAGCGUCGUCCAGUUGACCAUCACUCUCGUUCACACGAACGCGAGUAUGAGCAACGACAUGACCAUCACUCUCACUCUCGUGAACGGGAACGUGAAUAUGAGCGUGAGCAUCACGGCCAAUCGCAUCACAGUCAUUCUCACCCCGGCUAUUACUGAAACAUCUGCCGCUGCCGCACAACUGCUGGAGCCUUGGGGUCGCGUGUUAUCUGAGCUUUUACCGUCGGAGUGUAGACCAUACCCUCCAUAUCUUGGACGAGUCAGAUAGCGUUUUCGAGCUUCAAAUGCGUGUAGAAUAGGCCGGGCUUCUACCUUUUACUGCAGUGUCGGAUGUAUACUUUGCGUUGGUGUCUGCUUGAAAAGGUGAGCAUAGGAUUGUACAUUGUGUACCAAAUUUCAGCUUCGUUGCUCCGAGGGAAUGACUGACUGGCUUGUAUAUUAGUUUUCCGAGGCUCAUAUGGUCGACGCUUAUAAAUGCAUCUUCCUAGAAAGACGGGAAAGAGCUGGCAAUUAUGCUUCUCAUUUUCUCCCGCUUUUCACUCUUCUUGAGAUUUUAUAGCACAAACGUCAUAUGUUCGCAACUUUUACAUAAGGAAGUUAUGGAUCUAUUAAGAUGACGAAAUAAAUUUGAUUUAAAUGAAAUGUCCAGACCGGCGAAACGAGCAUGUAUUUAUUUAUAUUUUUCCUUGCAGCCAAUUAUGACAAAACUAUUAUUGACUAACUAAUUUAAUUUUCAAAUUGUCUUUAUAACGUUCAAAUCGUCACUAUAUUUACCAAUUUUGUCAUAUCUAUACAUUGUGUCUUUACUAUUAUGGUAACUGUGCAAGAUUGUUAACAUGCAAUGAUACUGCACUUGAACAUUAUUUCAG